AUGAGGGAGGCGGAGCUUCUACCACUUUCUAAGAGCGGCCGCCGGCUGCUGCCGCGUAGAGGCCAGGAGAUAAAAGUGGUGAGGACGGAGGAGGGGGACGUCCUCUCAUCAGAGGGGAUGUUCCAGCUCCACGGAGUGAGCUCUUCAUCACUUUUAGUGUUGCCGAGGGCAACGGCAGAGACGGGGGAGCUGGAUCCAGAUGAGAGGGAUGACCCUGUCCCAGACCUUAAAGGCUUCCUGGGCUUGUGCAUGAUGCUCCGCUACAACCUCAUUCCAACCAGAGGUCUGAAGUUAGGAGCUCUGGACGUCUCUGCUUCAACUGUCCAGCUGGACCUGGAUGAAGGAGGACAGUUGGACGUCAACCCCGGACCUGUGACGGUUGGUGGAGACCAGGAGACCAGGAUCCCCCGGGUUCCUGACCCCGGACCCGGCAGAAACUCUUUAAAGAGCCGCCUGGACGCAGCGCAGCAGCUUCUCCCGAACCCGUCCGUCCGCGGCGGCUUGAUCCUCAGCAUCUUCCUCAGCAUCCUCCUCAUCCUCAGCAUCCUCAGCAUCAGCACCCGCCGGUCCAGGCGCGUCCAGGGCUCCAGGCUCCGUCUCCAGAAAACGAUGGCCGCCGCGGCGCGGAGCUGGUACCUGCUGCUCUCCGUCAGCACCUGCGUGUCUCUGGUGCUGGGAGGAACCGGCUGCAGGGACGACUGCGCUCGCUGCGUUUACCGCCUGCAGGAGCAGUCGGCCGCCUCGGCUCUGUAUCGGCACCGAUACCAAUAUCGGUAUUGGGGCAUCCCUAGUUUCAAUGAUUGGUUGUUGGUUUCAGUUCCAGAUGCUCUGGACGUGUGGGGGCGCGAGGGGGCGGGCGGCGCCCUCGUGCUGUGGAAGAAGCCAGCAGCCAAUCAGAGCCACGGCCUGAUCCAGCACUACCAGGUGGUCUGGGGACCAAUCAGAGAGCAGGUCCCCGCCCACCAGCUGAACCUCACCCUGAGGGGGCGGGGCCUGGACCUGGUCGUCACGGUAACCGCUUGGAACCAGAACGGGAGCUCGGCUCCGGCGACGCUCGCCAUUCCGCGAUACAGAGCAGGGAUGAACGUUUUUCGGAUCUCCGGGAACCAGCGAGGUCUCAGCCUGUCCUGGGCUAGCACUUCCGUAGCCACCUGCGGCUACAUCGUGGACUGGACUCCCUCGGCGGGACGAGGCCCGCUGGACUGGCGGAAACUCCGGCCCGAUCAGACCACCUUCACCGUUCCGUCAGAGAACCUCCUGAAGGGAGUGAGGUACCUGUUCUCCGUCUACGCCUGCACUUCGGGAGCUCCGGUGCUCCUCCAGGAACGAGAAGGCUACGCCGAAGAGACAAAAAUGGAGAAGCUGCUCUUCAGGUCUCUGCGGCUCCAGCAGCAGGACGACGGGGUGAAGCUGCUGUGGGAACCGUUCCCUCUGCAGGAGCAGAGCGCCUUCAUCCUGGGGUACUCGCUGUACUGCUGGAAGGAGGAGGAGGAGGAGAAGAAGGAGGAGCUCAGUAUCAGUCACACGGCCGACCCUGAGUCCUGCAGCCUGACGGCCGGGAAGCUGGGAGCCGGUUCCUACCGGUUCAUGGUGGCGGCGCGGACGGUUCUGGGGGAGUGUGGCAACACCAGCAUCACGGCCACCAUCAACCCCCCCGCCGGGGCCUGGAUCACGGCCGUGUUGGGGGCCGUCGGGGCCGUGCUGGGGCUGCUGGGAUUGGCCGCCGCAGGCUGCUACCUCCACUGGGACUGCGUGAAGCACCACCUCUACCCCCCCGUCCCCAAACCACUGCUGUCGGACCACUGGCCCCCCCCUCGGGUCCACCCCGACCCGGGUCACCAUGGCGACCAUGAGGACACAGACGUCCCCCACGUCCACCACCAACCACGGCCUCGACCUGUCAAUCAAGCCCACGCCCCGCCCCCUCUGGUGGUUCCCACGGCAACCGCCUCGGUGUUCCAGAACCCGUCCUAUAACCUGACGUUACUACGUGACGACAGGGGUUACCAGCCCCAUGGACCAGAACCCGGGACCCCGGUGGACCGGGACCAGGACCGGGACCGGGACCAGGUCCGGGACCAGGACCAGGGCCGGCCCCUGUCCUGUGUGUUCAGCUAUGUCCUGCUGCCUCAGCAGAGUUCCAGCUAGUUGUUUGUUGUUGUUUACUAAAUUGGGAGAUGGUUUGGGUUCUGGGGUUCCGAUGUUGGAACUCAUCGGAACCCCCUAAUAUAUAUACAUAUAUAUUAGGGCUGUCAAACGAUUCGUUUUUUUAAUCGCGAUUAAUCGCAUGUUGUCCAUAGUUAAAGGAGCUUGAGGCUCCUUUUAAGAAAUGAGACUCUCUAGCGACACCCUUCACCACGACGGCCGUUGGGGGUACUGCAGCCAACAGUGAAGCCGGCACGGGAGAACGGGGAGAACGUGCAUGCAGCGUCAUUUGACAUCACAUCCGCAGGACAGCGCGGGAAAUUCGGGACCGAAUUGCAGCACAUUUUGCAGCACACAGCCUGUUCAAGGCAACGGAGAGAUACACUAGAGGAAUCAUUCUUUUGGGUUUGAAACGCUUCAUCUGACAUUAUUACCAGAAAACUUAAAACAUAUACGAAUUUUUUUCAUAAAUCUUGCCACAAUCCGGCCUCAAGCUCCUUUAACUCGCGAUUAAUUGCAUAUUAAUCGCACAUUUAUUCACACAUUUUUGUGCUGUUCUAAAUUACCUUAAAGUAUUUUUUUAAAUGUUUUUAAUACUGUUAGUAUGAGAAAGGGCAAAUAUGCUUGCCUUAUGCCAAUGUUGUCAGUGUUUGACACUUCCCCCCAGUUUUAGUUUCAGUUCUGUCUUGCCCCGCCUGUGUCCCAUCUGCCCUGAUUGUGUCUGCACCUGUGUCUCGUCAUGUCUCGUUAUCCCUUCAGUAUCUUGUCUUGUCAUUCCUGGGUUCCCUGUCGGUCUGUACUGGUUCUUCCUCCAUGUCUCCUCGUCGUUUUUUCCUGUUCCUGGUUUUUGUAUUUAUCCUGCUCUGCAGCACUUUGCUUUUGCCUUUUUGGAUUAAAACCCUUUGUUUUUUGAGAACUCCUGCCUCCAGCCUCCCUCUCUCUCCUGCACUUGGGUCCUAGAAAACACCACCACAAGAAAUGUUUAUUCAACUUUCCACAAAAAAAGCUUUUGACCUGAAAUGUAACAUUCCUUCAUAAAUACAAACACAAUGUAGUCCCCAACUUUACACUUGUAAAUACUAACUUAAAGGGGACCUAUUAUGGCAUCUAAUACCUAUUUUAAACAGGCCUUGAAUGUCUUAAAAACAAGCUUUUGAUUGUUUUUGCUAAAUAAAUGAGAAAUUCAGCCUCUGA